AUGGACUCUCUACCCCCACCCCUUCUCCUCCCCGUCCUGCACCCCGCUCCCUCGGCCAAAACAUGGCUCACACGAUCGGAGUCUUCCAAGCACUCAUCGCAUGCUAAUUUUACCAUUUAUGAAUUCGUAAAUUCCCUCUCAAACGCCUUUUUCUCCGCUUCAAUAUUGUUCAUUAUCAUCACUCAACGAGGGGGAAAUAGUGGGGAUAUCAGUAAAGAAUUUAUGGUUUGGUUAGAAGUCGCAAAGAGCGGUUUUGCGAGUGCGGUUUGGCUUUGGUUACUUUUUGAUAGCAUCUUUGGUCCCGUCCAUAACUCCUAUAAUCAACCGCAAUCACGAACGCCCCGCAUUGCACAGGCGAUUAUUAGUUUUCUUGGUUUACCUCUCCUCUUCUAUUCUACUCUCGCCUUCGCUAUUUACGAUCUCAAAACAAGUCGGAAAUCCGAACUGAAUGUAAAUUUAGGACUAGCAGGGAGAGAAGCGAAUUUAGAUGAAGAAGCUGCUGCGGGAGAGACAUCGCCUCUCUUGCGCAGGGCGUAA